AUGGCCAUCCAGAAGACCGGACGACUCGACAGCAUCGUCGUGAACGUCAUUCUUGACGAGCUCAUGCGUGCGGCCAUUGACGGCGGCGUCGCGAGCCAACGCUGCGAAACGAUCUGUCUGGUCAUGAUCUCGUUGACGUCCAUUAAUGUGCGCGGCCAGAUCUUGUCCAAGAUCCGCAAGGCGCUUGGGAAGACGAGCGUCAAGCCAACGCGCGAUCUGGCCGACAACACGCACUGGAACGAGAUCGCGUCGCUCACGCGCCUGGCGCUCAUCGCGCAUCAGCAUGGCAAGCAGACGGUGCUCCCGCAAUUAUACCGCCCCGAGCUGCUGCAUCUCGUCACGCUCAUCGCCGGCACGGGCGAGACGCUCGUUCGCACGACUGUGUGGCAGCUUGUUCUCGAUACGCUGCAAGCGCUGUGGAUAGUCCGCUCGGCGAAUGCUAUUGCUGAACCGGAGAUUCAGACGUUGCACGAUGAGGAGAGCACGGACGAGACGCUGCGGUACUUUGGACUCAAGCGCGCGACAUAUACGGGUGAUCCCAUCCCGUAUGUCCCAUUCAACGAGAAGGAGGGUUUGAAUAAUCAGGAAGGACUGGUGUCAUACCUCAUGCGUGUUAUGGAGACGGCUGCUCAGACCAAGGGCCUGCUCAACAUUUGGCGCGCACGCUGGAUGAGUCUCGUCACCGCGACAGCUUUCCAGGUUUCCCCGGCCGUACAAGCUCGCGCCUUCAUCGUUCUGGGCGCCCUCGCUACAUCCGACGUCGAUGGCGACUUCUAG